AUGUUUCGCUUCACCGCCCCCGCCUUGAAGAAGCUGCAGCCGCUGGGCCAGCGCGUGCUGGUGAAGCGCACGCAGGCGGCGAAGCAGACCAAGGCCGGCGUCCUGAUCCCUGAGCAGGUGGCCGGCAAGAUUAACGAGGGCACCGUUGUGGCGGUGGCGACGGGGUCGACGGACUGGACGCCGACGGUGAAGGUGGGCGACAUGGUGUUGCUUCCGGAGUACGGCGGCUCUUCGGUGAAGGUGGAGGGCGAGGAGUUCUUCCUGUACGAGGAGAGCGCGCUGCUUGGCGUGCUGUGUAACUGA